AUGGUCGCCCAAAUCCAAAAGCCAGCUCCUACUUUCAAGAAAACCGCUGUCGUCGACGGUGUCUUCGAAGAAGUCUCCUUGGAACAAUUCAAGGGACAAUGGGUCGUUUUGGCCUUCAUCCCAUUGGCUUUCACCUUCGUGUGCCCAACCGAAAUCAUCGCCUACUCUGAAGCCGCCAAGAAGUUCGCCGAAAAGGGUGCCAAGGUGUUGUUCGCCUCCACUGACUCCGAAUACUCGUUGUUGGCCUGGACCAACGUCGCCAGAAAGGACGGUGGCUUGGGUCCUGUCGACAUCCCAUUGUUGGCUGACACCAACCACUCCUUGUCCAGAGACUACGGUGUCUUGUUGGAAGACGAAGGCAUUGCCCUCAGAGGUAUCUUCUUGAUCGAUCCAAAGGGUACUUUGAGACAAAUCACUGUCAACGACUUGCCAGUCGGUAGAUCCGUCGAAGAGUCCUUGAGAUUGUUGGACGCCUUCCAAUUCACCGAGAAGUACGGUGAAGUCUGCCCAGCCAACUGGCAACCAGGUUCCGAGACCAUCAAGCCAACCGUUGGUGACUCCAAGGAAUACUUCGGCAAGGUCAACAAGUAA